AUGGUAUCUCUUCUGCAGGUGGUCAGUGCACUUGCCUUGUCAGCUGCCAUGCGCCCAACGCAUAAUUUGACUGAGGAGGCGGGAGAUCACCUUUGUUGUUGCCAGCGAUGGAAUCCUCCAGUGGAGAUCUGCGCCAAGGACAACCAGGCUUUUGCCAAGGUGAACUUGAUCGACGGUGUCGUGGAGGAGCCCCCGUGGUUCAAUGCAUCGAUCACCGUCCAUGAGACCUGGAAGUGGAAGUUUGGAGGGGAGAUCCUCAAAGAGGAGAGAACGACGACUUAUUUUCAGCUGCACUACUUGGGGGAGCUGGAGCCGCCCGGAGGCUUGGGCUUGGGCAAUCCGAAGUUUGCGGACUUCUUCUACACAGAGUAUCAAUAUCACGAGAAGCAAGGUCUCAAUGCAAAAGGUGCCGACGACUUCAGGCAUUGUACUGAUCGAACAUACGAAUGUUCCUGCGAGUUCUUCGAAGGGCAGGAGCGGAAAGACUGCGAGAAGAGUCCCGCGGAGCAUUGUGGCACCUAUCUUUCUGACUGCGGUCAGUGGGUGACGCUCAACAAGUGCACCCUUUCCUCUGAUAACAGCAUGAAGCUUAUGCACAAGAACUCAAACCAGCGGGUUGGAACCUGUUUCGACAAGAAGACCCUGAAGACCAAAUAUAUGCGGGCACAGUGCCCUGAGGAACAUGACAAAUGUGACUGCAACGACAAGUGCUGA